AUGGAUUACGUAUCAAAAAUUACACCUUAAAUUAUAGAUACACCAGAUGAAGAAUCGCAAGCUAUGCUAUCCUAAUUAGAGAACAAUAAUCCAGAUAUCUACGAACAGAUGAAAAAGAAUAGCCCUUUUUUUCAUUAACUCAAUAAUGCUUAAUAAGGACUUCUAUCUACAGACUAGGAAUUAUAAAAAUUGAAUGAUGAAGAACGAUUGACACACGAAAUGUACACCAGAAAAUCCGCCUUAAACCACAAAAGAGUCGAGGAGAAGCAAAAGUUAGUGUUCAAGAAGGCCUUUAAGAAAGCAGAACAGAAGUUUUAUUAGAAUUAGUUGAAAAUUAGUAAAAAAAAGAAGUAAACUCAAUAGUAAAUUGAUUUCUAUGAGGCUUAUUUCAAAGAGCUCUCUUUGAAAAUGAAUAAAGACCUAAAAUAUUUUAUUCAUCCUUAAAAGAAAAUGUAAAUAGGGGUCAUUAAUUAUUAAUCCGGCUUUAAGUCAUUCAACUAGCCCUACAUUAGAACAAUUUUGAAAUCCAAAAGUUUUAGAUCAGAGAUCAAAGAUUACAUUCUCAACCAUUUCGUUAGAGAAGUCCAAGAAGAAAUGAGUUACAAGCUACUAAAGUUUAUAAAGUUUUGUUCAAGAAUGUAUGAGGAAGCCUUAAAGGAUUUUUAGAUGAAUAGUGCUAAAAAUGAUGACGAGGAAUAUUUUAGAAAUUUUAUAAGAUUGAAAAUGGAAUAGUCAAUAUUGAAAAAUUCUAAAUGUAAGAUUCCUUGGUCUUUAUAAGAAAUAAUUGAUGCCUAGAAGUUUGCUUUAAAUUUGAUUGAUUAAGAGAUGGAUAUGGAAAAUGAAUGA